AUAUGCUCAUCCCUAUUCCAGACUCAUUACAGGGAUUCUACAUUGAGCCAUAAGGGCAUCAGUAACCGGAGUAAUUUAACUACGUAGUUGAGUUUUUAAAACUUUCUGUAAUUUUUCAGGUGAAAAGUGUACAUAUUGUUCCCAAAAUGAGCAGCACAGGGACUUUUACAGGAAUUUCUUCAGUUAUGAAUGCACUGCAAGCUCUUAUAGCACCUCCAGUAUCAGAUGAAUACAAAGCUGCAAAAGCAAAGAAAGAAAAAGAAGAAAAGAAGCAUUCUUAUUUUAAAAGACGAGGUCGUGGUCACAACCAUGACUACUGUGACGCUUGUAAAGAUGGAGGAGAACUCAUAUGUUGUGAUAGAUGUCCAGCAUCAUACCAUUUACAGUGCCACUAUCCCUCAAUUGAUCCAUCUGAUAUCCCAGAUGGAGAAUGGGUAUGUUACAUUUGCACUCGUACUUCCAUAAAAAGAGAACAGGACAGUAAGACAAAAGAAAAAAAUAAGAAAAAAUCUCCUUUGGAAAUAUUAGCAUUAGCAGCUGCCAUGGUGAGUCCAAGGGAAUUUGAACUACCCAGAGAGUUACAGAUGCCUAUAACGUUCCCAGGAAGUAGUAAGACUGACUAUGUAUCUGGUAGAAGAGGAAGAUAUGGAAACUCCUCAAAUAAUGCUGAUAGAAGUCAUUGCUUAGAUAGUAAUUUAUUGGUUCCAUUGCCACCUCGAUUGUGUUUUCAAUGUCGACGCAGUUGUAUGAAAGCGACUUUACUCCCGUGUGAUUAUUGCCCGUUAUAUUUUCAUUUGGAUUGCUUGGACCCUCCGCUAACUUGUAUGCCUACUGGCAGAUGGAUGUGUCCCAAUCAUCCAAAUCACUUCAUAGAUCAAAACCUGGUAAGAUCUUGUAGCGCAACAGAACGUAUGAAGCUCUGGGAUAAAUACGCCAAUCAACCGAUAGAUCAGCAUGCAGUGAAGAUGGACUUUUUACGUAAAGCUCGCAGAACAAAUCCCAUAUUUCGUACAAAAGGAAAAGUUAGAAAUCGCUUGCCGCUAAAUCCGCCGGUUCCUGGCGCUGUAAAGCAUUAUUACAAGAAUCCAAUAAAAUUAGAACCUUUGCAUCAGCCACCUGAUAUUUUUUUGUGGCCUGAAAGAGAGAAUAUGCGGCAUAUAAUUAUCGAAAAACUAUACAAAGAUAGCAAUGUGGAAAACAAAGAAACUAUAGAUGUAGAAGAACAUAAACCAAUAGAUAAGGAAAUACAAAAAAAAAGGGAUUCAGAAAAGUAUCAACAUGCGAUACUAAAUGGCGACUAUGAUCCACAAAAGACUGAAAGUGCGAGUGGUAUAAAAGACGAAUAUACAGAUCUACACGAAAUAUGUUAUAAGUAUGGACUUAAUCCAGCUCGUGGUUCUAGUAUUGAAGAAGGCAUCAAGUUGUUAGAAAGAUCAGCACUGGAAGUGCUGGCGUCACAAGCAAUUUGGCAACUAAUACAUCCGGACGAAGAGCCAAAACUAUGUCAAGAAACUUACAAUAUGGAUUUAAAUUUCUUGAUUUCUUUAGAUCCAAAUGCUAGAGCCGCAUUAUGUUUUGUGGGUUCUGAACAUAAACCACCAGCUUUCAUACGCAGCGUUUUGCAAAUUGGCAAUGGUCCAAACUGCGACUUAGUUUUAGCUGAGUACAGUAACUGCAGAUUCAUAUCCUCGAUACACGCAAUACUGUUUUAUGAUAAAUUGAGCAACUGUUUCGAAAUACUCAAUUACAGCGAAUAUGGAACAGUAGUAGAUAAUACACUGUACAGUGUUUUUUACGAUCCCAAACGAAUAAAGGAUCAAUAUAGUAACAAUUGCGACAAGAAUGAUCCAGUAUUGCUGCGAACUCUGGAAAAGGAAAAAGAUAUCAAUGAGAAAAACCGUCACUUGCAACAGAAUCUCAAUGAUGACAAAAAUUGCAACUGUUACACAAAAGCAAAUCGAGGAAUUAACAAAGGAGAUGAAUUAGAGGAAGGUGGUGAAGGUGGCGGAAUUCUCCAGGAUGGUUCAAUCCUUAUGUUCGGAUGUAUGACAUUUGUACUCAAAAUAUUGAAAACUGAUUAAAAUUCAAUAGGAAUAU